AAACAGCAAAACUUUGAAUUAUUAAAUUUUCAAGAAACAGUUAAUAAUGUUAAUGAAAAUUAUAAAAUUAUCGAACAAGAUAAUGAAAAUAUUCAAGAAUUUGAUGAACAUGAUGAAUUAUUAAAUUUACAUGAAAGUGAUGAUAAAUUAAUAGAUUUGGAUGAAAGCGAAGAUGAAAAUAAUGAAUAA